GAUACACAUUGGUGCUCAUAUUGCGACAAGGCUGUCAGUCCGUUCUCGGACUCACUGUAUUGCUCUGAUGAAUGUCUGCGCCAAGAUGCGCUGCAGCAUCAUCCCGUGUUCGGCUAUGACUUUAGCGAGUAUCGAGGCUUCUUGUCCACUAAUGCAACAGAGCGUCGGACGUCUUGGGGAACAGUGAACCAACAAGAAUCAUCCAACAACUCAACAACAACAGCACCAUCAUCAUCAUUACCUCACCUUCAUCACCAUUCC